UUGCUUCAAUCCAUUAUGUUCCUCGCAAAUAAAAUAGCACAAAGCCCACAUUAACUAACUGUAUGCCUCCACUUUUUCUUGCGUUUUACUACAUAUUAUAGCCAUACAUGACCAAAACCGAAACUGAUGACGGCGAAGCUUCGUUACUAAAGGAGAGAAGAACAAUGCUCCCAAAUUACAGCGAAGCCAACGACAUUUACACUGCCCUUGAAAACUUGGUACAUUUUUGGCAUCAGUGCGUUCAAAAGCAACAGAAAGUCGCGGACGAUGACGGUGAUGUAGCAAAUGUCAAAAGCUCACUUAAUGCAAUCGAUCGUUUAAAUAACUGUAUUGUUAUUGUUCUCCUUGACAUUCGUGCUCAGAAACGUACAAAACGAAAGGAGUACGCAGAAGCGCAAAAGGACGUGGUUGAAUUGAUCGAUUGUGCUUCGCGUUUAGCUGCUAUUGGCUAUCGACAUGCGGCGGGCGUGUGUAUCCAACGAGGCAGAUUUGAUGACGCGGAUGCCAUAUACCGGAAAGGUUUAAUAAACAUCAAGGGCGAUCUCACCAGCAGCAAAAGCAGCAGCAGUAGCAGUGACUAUGAUAUCCUGCAGGCCGAACUCCAAGAUCUUCCGAACCGUUUCUUUGCUGACCGCAUUGCGGAAUUGGUUGCAAGAUGUCAAAUGACUAAAGCUCAGCGCUUAGCACAACAAUGGAUACAACGUUUUCCACACACAGCACAAGCAUAUAUGACUUCUGGCGACAUAUAUGUAAUGCAAGGCAACUGUCAUCAGGCGGCAAAGGUUUAUAAACUCGGGCAGGAACAAGAGCAACGUCUAUUUACACCAAUCAGUUUAUCACCUUCUUCAACAUCAUUACACGUAAUGUUCGAGUGUAAAUUAAAGACUGUACGAGCUCAGCGCGACAAAAGAAUCGAUUUUAUCAGCGAACUCCCAUUUGAUGUCGCCACCUCUUUUUUACCUUUUUUGCCGAUCACCUGUCGCAUCGAAUGUAUGAGCGUCAGCAAAACCUGGUGGGAGCGGAUCUCCGAGUGCUCAAGUGCCUGGCGUACAGCUGUUGUACCUGAUCUUACGACAGCUCACAAAGAGGCGAUCGAUUACAACUGUUAUAACAGCGAUAUAUUAUUUCAUCACAUUCAGCACCGCGGUGUCCAGUAUGUGCGUGAGCUACAAUUAGGCCCUUACCUUGGGCGCUACGACCUUAAUCAGUGGCUACGGGGAUGCGAUCAUCGAUUUAAACACUUGGAAACCCUGGUGAUAAAUUAUGUUAGUUACAUUGAUCCGGAUACCUUAGUUUCUUGCUUAAAGAGAAUAGGGUCGACAUUGAAAAAACUGGACAUCUCGUUAAAGUGUGGAACUUCAUAUUCUGGUUCCAAUAACGUAUUAGCAUGUGUCUGGAAGGCCCUAAGCGAAGCCGAUAGCCGGAUCACUCACCUUGCGUUCCAAGAUGCUUACGACACGACGUCAUUUUCGACAGACACCGUGCUGCCCGUGAUCCCGAGCCUAACCCAUCUGCUACUUUCGGUGUACUGGCUUACAGGGAGCUAUCAACCGAAUUCCUGGCUUACAGCGAACACUCAAUCAGUGGACCUCUCAUAUGUCCAUCUGGAGAUAAUCUGCAAGGCAUGUCCAAACUUGUACUUUCUGAAGACCAUAUGUCCUCCGAGUGGUCUCGAUACUAUCCGCCAACAUUGUACCAGGCUUCAAUAUUUAUGGAUUAACGGCGGUACUGACGAUGAUUCUCGGAACGACAGAAUUUGCUUCACCAGCUUUGGAAACGACGAUUUAAUUACCGUUGACUACGGAGCUCCUUCUCAUUUCCUGAAAAAUGGAAAAGAAGGUCUCCGUUCACUGAUCAUUUCUGACUGCCCCAAUCAAAAUGGUCAAAGCAUCUAUAAAACGCUAGAGGAGAACAAGGAUACACUAAAGGAGUUGUUACUACACGGGGAAUGGUUUGAGGGGGGGCAGCAGAGCUCGUGGCAGAUCCUCGGGAAUUUUGGUAGUACUCAACUAUGCGAAAUCAAUUGGGAGACGGAGCACCUUGAACUUUCGACGUUUUUGCAGCUUAUCCAACAAUGCCCGAAUCUCGAUUCCAUCAAAAUCGCCAAUGUAAAGCAAGCCACCGACAGAAUAUUCGACGCUCUGCUCGAACUACGGCACCUAAAGCGGUUGAACUUGGAGAAUUGCAAGAAUAUCACGGCUGUCGGAUUGCAACGUUUUUUUUCCUUGUCGAACACACCACAGUAUCGGCAGCAGUUGAAGCACCUGAAAUUGACGCGGGAGGUGCAAUGGACUUUUUUCUCCCGCGUGUCUUACCAUCACUCUUCAUCCGUUUUUGAUGCACUUGGAAAUAUGCAGUAUUUGAACACACUAUGUCUUCGACGAGGGCUAGAAGGGCGUCAUUUAGAGAGGAUAAUCGAUAAACUCACUUUAUUAGAAAGUAUCACGUUGAUCGAUGUGCGAUACAUAACGCGAAAUUGCAUGGCUGCAAUUUCCCGUUUGCCAUGUCUCAAGCGAGUCGAAUUUGUAAAUACGUAUAUGACAUAUGGGUCUUCGAAAGAUGUAAUGUUAGAUGUGCUUAAUGAAUCCCAAAGUCUUGAAAGCAUUAUCGUGCAACAAUCAUACUGAAAAUGCAAAUUUAUUCAAAUAAACAUACGAAUGCUUACAAGGGUUAAGCUCACCUACGG